AUGGGCAUUUUCACGCCCGGUAAGGAAAAGAGCCUGGCGGGCCCUGUCGCUUCGCGUCUGCGCGGUGGUGGCGGUAAGACACCGCGCAGCCACCUCGUCAGGUCAACCCUCACGCCGCUGACGGAGAACCUGGACAUGAUCAGCUUCGAUGGCGAAGAGUGGAAGACGGGGCGCGCCCGGUUCAACCCGAGCUUCAGCAGCAAGAACUCUUGGAGCCUGGUUCCCGGAGUGAUCGAGGAUGUUGAGGUCUUCGCCGGCCUCUUGCGACAGCGAGCUGGGACCGACGGCAGCUGGGGCGAAGUGUUCCCUCUUGAAGACUUGACGACGAACCUGACCAUUGAUAUCAUCGGCCGCGCCGUCCUCGACGUCGAGCUCAACGAGCAGACCGCUGGCCCCAGCAGGUUCAAAGGCCACUUUCUGGACCAGAUCUCGCGGUGCAUUGUUGUCGUCAACAUCAACACAUGGCAAUACUAA